UCCUCCUCCUUCCUCCUCCACCUCCCUCCCUCCCUCCAUGCGUCUGCUGCUGCCGCCGCUGCUGCUUCUGCUGCUUUCAGGAAGCGGAAGCAGGAAUGUUGGGGUGUUUUUAAGAAAAGUUUGGACAGUUGUUUCUCGGCACUUCGGGAGCAGAGACGCAAACUCCGGAGACGAGGCAUGACGGUGUGUUACCUGUUCACCAUGUUGCUGUAGUGUCAUCAGUCUUGUCUGACUGACUCUGGGAAUGGAAACCGAUGCUGCUCCAGAUCCCAGAGUGAAGCCAGUCAGCGCGGCCUGUUUGCGCCGCCAGGCCUUCGCCCAGAGCAGGGACUCCAUCAGGCAAGAGUCCAAACCGGAUCAGUAUGGUCCCCAGGAGACCCAGCAGAGCCCGAGUAAUAUGGAGACCCAGAGGCCCUCAGAGGGACUAGGGCAAGUACCUAACAAGAUCGCCAACUGGCUGAGUGAAUGCAGGACUCCCCUCGGUGUCUCUCUAGAUGAUCGGAGCGCUUCUCCCAGCAGAGGAGCGCUGAGGAACGGCUGCAGCUUUGAAGAUGACCUUUCACUGGGAGCUGAAGCCAACCAUCUUCAGUCCAGCGUCAAUAAAGCUGAACCCUGCUUCGGUCUCGUGGCGGAUCAGAAGAGGAGUCAGUAUAAAGAGAGGGGCAGAAGUAUGAACUCCACAGGAUCAGGGAAGAGCAGCACUGUGUCCAGUGUUUCAGAUAUGUUGGAGCUGUCAGAGGAGCAGGGGCCAGGGGAGAUCAUCAUUAACCUGCGUGUGUCGGAGUUGCUCGACCUGUACGAGGAGGACCCCGAGGAAGUCCUCCUGAACCUCGGCUUUGGUCGAGAGGAGCCUGACAUGUCCUCGAAGAUCCCCUCCAGGUUCUUCAACAGCAGCUCGUCAGCGCGAGGCAUCGACAUCAAGGUUUACCUGGGAGCUCAGCUGCAGCGCAUGGAACUGGAGAACCCGAACCACGCUCUGACGAGUCGUUUCCGUCAGAUCGAGGUCUUGACGACGGUCGCUAACGAGUUCUUCCAGCUCUACAGUCAGGUCUCCGGACAACCUGUGCAACGCAUCAGCUCCAAGGACCAAGGUGGAGGAGAAGCUGGAGAGGACGGAGGAGGAGGUCAGAAGGAGGACUCGCCUCCUCUGAAGAGGAGCAACUCGGCCAUGAACGUCGCCAAGCUCUUCAAGAGAACCAUCAGCAAACGCAACCUGCACGGCUCCACCAGCGAGUCGCCGGAACCGCAAACGCCUCAGCCGCACAAGCAGCUGAACGGCCACGCCUCCACCUCCGACCCCGCCUCCGCCUCCGUCCACGCACACACCAACGGUCACGCACAGCAGCAGGACGGACGGAGCGCGGAAUCUGAACACCAGCAAGAAACAGUCAGCCAGAAACACAUCCGGAAGAAAGACAACUUUUCCCUGGCGACAGUUACCGAGGAAACCAACGGGGACGGGGAGACGGAUCGGCUGACGGACGGCCCUGUAGAGAGCAGCGCCGGAACAGAGCAUCCGCCAGAGUCCGCUGAUCUCCAGCCAACCAAUCAGAGAGCAGAGGAGGAGGAAGAGGAAGCUCAGGUGGUCAUAGAGCCAGAGAAGAACCUGACGUCCACCCCGGAGAAAGCUCUUCCCGCCCUGGCUCCGCCGCAGUUGGCUCAGCUUCGCACAGAAAAUGCAGACUCCUUUGACAUGGAGGAGAUUCAGAGUAACGAGGACGAAGCUCUACCGAACAGAACAUCCAGAGCAUCCGAUCUUUUGAGGACAGUCAGUCAGCAGUCAGACAGCAGUGGUUUUGCAGAGGAACCUUCUGCAGACUCCAACGGCUACCUCAAGGUGCAGGAUAGCAGUGAUAGCUGUGACAGCGAGACCACUGUGACAUCACACCCUUCACAAGACGUGGCCACGCCCAUUGCCACUGACCAACCAGCGUUUGAUCUGCCAGAUGGCAGAGUGGAAGAGGCGGUGCCUGGUGGUGCCGCAGUGGCUGAUGGGACGAGUAGUUCGCUGCAAGAAGACGCGCUUAAAAGGAGUUCAGAGCCGCUUCCACAGUACGUUCGUCACCAUCUUCCCAGGAGCAAAUCGGUGGGAGCGCCGCAGGAAGAAACCCUGGACAAGGAGCAAGUUGAGGUUAGGGACUCGGCUGAUCCUGAACCAGGACCAGCGACUACCCCGAGUAUGUCUGCUGCAGAACAGGAGCCACAACAAACUCAGAACCAGAUCAUGACCACAGGAGAUCCACCCGUGGAGGGAGCGAGUACUGAAGACAACCCUCAAGUAGAUCCUGGUUUAACUCGUCCUCCAACGUCCCCCGUCCUCAAGGCUCUGGACCGAGCCAAACAGCUCGAGCAGAACCGGACAAACCAGCGCGUCGCCCCUCAGAGCAACGAGGUGCCCACAACCCCAGGAGGACCACGAGGAAAGCGUGGCCUCAUCCCCAUGCAGAGGUCUUCCUCUAUGCCCACCUCCUUCCUCUCGCCCUCAAAGGUGGUGUCCUCUGUCAGGAUCGAGUUUGGACGAGGCCAGGCAUCCUGCACCCAGCCCCGGUACUCCUUCAAAUACACCCAGGAGCCCAGAGAAGACAAAGAACAAGAGCAGGAAGAGAAGGAAAGGGACGAAGAUGCGGAGGAGGAGGAGGAAGAACAAGAAGAACAACCAAACCGUGUCUCUACUCUGAUUAUAAACCCUUCCACAUCUAGCAAAAAAACUCCAUCUGCCGUCCCGCCUAAACCCAUCCCUCGCUACCUGAUGCGGUCAUCCUACUCCCUGCAGAGCUCCAGCCCUCCUCCGGACUGGUCCCCGAGAGACCACUCCUGGAGCACCCAGAGUGUUCCCGACCUCUCGUCCAACCAGCAGCACCCUGACCAGUUCCAGCAGAAGAUGAGCGCCAACCAGAACCAGCCGAGUUGGCAUCCAGGGCAGACGAUGUUCACUUAUCCCAACCAGCCAGCUCAGUACUCUGACCCCAGCACCAGCCCCAGCCCCAGCGUUAACUCCAGUUCGUGCCCCUUCUUCCCUCACCCUCAUCAGCAGUACCCCUCCCCUCUUAACCCAUAUGCUAGUCUUCCUAACCUCCAUCACCCCCACAACGCCUCCUUGAACCACCAUUCUAGUCUAACCAGUCUCCACCAUCCAACAGCUUCUCCGGCGCCACCACACAGCAGCCUCUCCAACUUGUAUCAUCCCUCAACUUCCACAGCUCCUCAUCACGUCGGUCUGGGCCACCUACAUCCUGGAAGUCCAACGAUGCACCACCACGGCUACAGCCUCCCGUACGGUCAUCAGUCACCUUACCAUACCUCUCCUCAUGGCUCACAGUUUGCCUCACCUUACCUUAGUUACCAGGGGUACAACGUGAACCCGCAUCUGGCUUACCCAAAUCCCAUCAACCAGUAUCCAACCUUGCCACCAGAACACACUCUCCACGCGAGACUAACUCCAUCUGCUCCGGGAUUCAUCUCAGAUCUUGGUCCGACUCUCGGCCCAGGUCACAACCUCCACCCUGGGCUUGGUCUUCAUGCUGCUGCACCGGGAGCAGGACUCGUCCAGGGUAUCUCCAGCACCGAGAUGCAGCUGAGGAGAGUCCUGCAUGAGAUCAGAGGGACCGUUCAGAGUCUCAGCCAGAACCAAGUCGACACUCCAGAUGCGUUCAGUGAUCGGAGAACAGCUGUUUCCAGCCAACAGUCGCUGGGAGACUUUCAGCAGAAAAGGCGUAGUCUGAACUUGUUCCGCAGUCAGAUGAUGGAUCUGGAGCUGUCAAUCAUCCGACAGCAGGCGCUGGUCUACAAACACCUGAGCCCUGCCGACAGGCUGGAGUUGGAGCAGCUUCAGUCUCUGAGGUCCGCGGUCAGAGAGGAGCUGCAGGAGCUGGAACAGCAGCUGGAGGAGCGGCUGGUGGAGAUGACGCACCUCCCACAGCAACAUCACAGAGGUCUCCAUAGAGACAGCAGCAUUGAAAGUCUGUCCACAGCUUCUGCGUUGAGAGCCAUGGAGCCGGUGUCAGACCUUCUCAGAGAGCAGCUCCUGCUCCAGUCAGAGCUAAGCUACGACGGCCGUGACCACUCCACCGCCCCCUCCUCCCGGUCGUCCAGUCCAGUCAGACGAGGAGGAGGAGGAAGAGGAGACGACGGUGAGCAGAGGAGUCAAGGAGGAGUGUAUCGGGCAUCAAUCAGUAUAACUCCUGCACCUCCUCCUCGACCCAACACACACAAUGAGGAAGGAGAGGAGAAAUUGGAGGAGGAGGAGGAGGAGGAGGAGGAGGGAGAAAGGGACAGUGGAGAGGCGGGAGGAAGAGUAGAAGGACCUGAAGAGGAGAGAGCACCAGGAGGAAUCAGAGUGGACAACCUGCAGCAGCUCAUCAGAGAGAUUCGAGAGAGCGUGGCGCAGGAAGUCCGACAGGAGAUAUACAACGAGCUUCUGGCGGCCGUGUCGCCGCGGCACUCGCCCCUCCCUCCCCGGCAGCCCCCCUUGUAGUCUUGAGAUCGGCAGAGCACUACCCCCCUUUCACCUUCAGCCUUUAGUAACCACUCGGCCCUGAGCGACGCCACUGUCUGUCUGUAACACUGUAGUAGCUGAGUAACACUGUGGAACGCCAUGUGUCUGUAACACUGUACGUCUGUAACACUGAACACUGAGUGUAUGUGAGAAGCCCCGCCCACCACAGGCCUGCCUAACUAUUAACCACUGCCACUAGUACCACCAGGGUCACCACUACUAACCCCAGUCCUGUUUAACGUCUCGGUUGAGUCCGGUCCGAUCACAGUUCUGAGGAGGUCAGAUCGGGACAUUCGCACAACUCCUGAUAUUUCUAAUUUAACACAGCUGUGCAGAGGACAGUGCAAGUCGAUGUUAAAAUAAUAAUAAUAAAUAUUAAUAAUAUAUGAUAAAAAAACACAUUUUUUUAAAAAAAAGACACCAAGUGAAUGUAGGAAAUAGUGAGACCAGUGUUCAAAAAACAACAACAACACAAAUUAAAGACUUAGUUCACCCCCAAAUGUCCAAGUAAUCUUCAUAUUUUCUCUCUUCCUGUAAUUUCUUUCUGUAAUUUAGUCGGUGAUAACCCCGUCGACAUCACGUUCAUGGGAAACAGAGUGUUGCACGGUGCCGCGUGCUUUUAAUGUGGAGUAGUAUUAGAAGACGUAUCAGUAGCUACUAUUAGGUUUGUAAUCAGAAGCAGAAUCACAUUUUUUAAAUGUUGUCGCGACAGAUGGAAAGACGCAUCAAUCAGGAAGGGAGAAAAUGUUUCUGUUACUAAUAUUUGGCCGGACUGAGCCUUUAACAUGUCUUAAAAAAAAAAGAAACUCUUGGGAAAUACUGUAAAAGCCUUAAUCUUCUUUUGAUCUAUGCACUCGUGCCUUCUUGUAUAAGGACGCAUUCCUCGGUCUUUAGUAAGAGUCCGCUGAGCUCUUUAUUUCCGCCUAAAAAAAUACUCAUUCCAUGCACAUUUCAUCUUAACGUCGGAGAGGGAUUGAACGUGGACAUUUAAGGUAUUGCCGUACAUCAUCAUCAUCACCAUCGUCAUCGUGCUUCUGCCUCUUCCGUCUCGUACGCUUACAUGUCACGCUCUGUCCUGCCUCCUGCUGUUCAUCAAACAAUGAGCAGAUUUAAUUCAUGCAACUUGUUUUUUCCAGUUUUUCCAAGCUAAAAUAUGUCACUUUAGCGGUUUAUGAUGAACAGAGGGGAUCAAGUAUGUCUUAUUAGAGAGUUAUCUUUAGCUGUUAGCUGUUAGCCUCCAGCUAACUGUGGCUAAAAGUUUUAGUUAAACCAGAUCACAGAGUUUAAAUCAGACAGAUUUGGACGUUUGUUUUUAGUUCCUUUGUUUUUAAAUAUGCUACUUGCAGGCUGGCGGUUUCCACCUGUUUCCAGUCGUAGCCAGAUUAAACAUGUCGAGGACACACACACAGCCACUCAAAGGUUCAGACACACCUUCCCGUCGAGCUGAACGAGAAGGUGUGUCUGAACCUUCGGCCCGGGUUGUGUUUGUGCACGUGCGCGGAUUGGUUUGUACGUGAGCGGGCGACGAGUUCGGCAGGUGAUGUCAUGAGGUGCUGAGUCAGGGGAGGGGGGUGGGGGUUUUGGUAAGUUGUCACGGCGACAGACAGUGAUGAUGAUGAUGCGUGUCGUGAUGCAAUGACUUGGUCAAAGGAGAGGAGCUUAGUGAGCUUUGCCUGUGUUAGCUUCAUUCUGUCUGAUGACAAAUCUUAGUGCAAUAAAUGUGAACACACACACAGACACACACAGAUGAAAUAUGAUAUCACUGCGAACAUUUCAGAUGUGAUCAGUCGACCACUUCAACACCACAUUAGAUUAAUCCCAGGCUUGUUGGCUUUAUUGAGAGAAGUGAUUCAUCACAGAACUGUUUCCUUUGAUAUUAAUGCGUCUUUUGUGUCACAGGCGUUUGAAUGUUGUGUUGAACAUAGAAACAUCUUACACCUGAUUAGCCAUCAGCCAAACACCACACGCCCCUAAUGUUUUGUUUAGUUGUUUGUUUGUUUGUUUUUUAAAUCUUCCUAAAGGGACAGUGAUUCUGAACUUUUCUGCACAGACUCACGUUAGGAUUGAAAUACUAAAACCUGUGUACGCGGAUGUUGGUUCUUGAUCUUUGGAAGAGGUUCACUUACUAAUAAUAUGGUGUUGCUAUGUGACUUAAGUAUGAACUUCAGGUCACUUGAAUGCUCCUAAACCUUAUUAACGAGACCCUUGACCUUCAACUCUCUUCGAAGUUUAUUCUCUUCAGGUUUGUUGAAAACCUUUUUUUUUUAUUUUUUAUUUUUUAUUUCUUUUAUGUUCACUGAUCACAGUCUGUGCUCUGCUGGACUACACUCUGUUUUUUUUUUUUUUUUUAAAUGAUCAAGAAUCCUUCACACACUUCUAAUUACACUUUACUGUUGGUGUCUAUUAAUUUCUUUUGAUGUCGAAUAAUAAUGAUGAUGUGUAUUUUGUACUGAUGUCUUGUAAGUGGGAUCGGGGGAGGAGUCACUAUAGAGAUGAGAAUAAUAAAGAUGUAUUUAUUUUCAGUA